AACGUCAAGACCCCAUGGCCGACGCUGCCCCAUCAACUUUCAAACGUUUCGUAGAAAUUGGACGUGUCGUCCUCCUGAGGAACGGGCCCCAUGAGGGUCGUAUCGCUGUUAUCUCAGAGAUCAUUGAUCAUAAUCGGGCAAUAAUAGAUGGUCCAUUGACUGACGUCCCACGCCAACCCUUCGCCUAUCGCCAUCUCACUCUGACACCACAUGUCGUCCCAAAUCUUGAACGUGGUGCCAGCACUGAUGCUGUUCGUGAGCAAUUCGAGGCCUCGGGUGUACUCGAGAAGUGGACCAAUUCUGCAUGGGCGAAGAAACGUGAAGCCAUUCAGAAGCGGCGUAAACUCAACGAUUUCGAGCGCUUCGUAGUUUCUGUACAAAAGAAGAGGAGAAGAGGAGUUGUAAAACAAGCUCUGAGCAAAGUGCAGCGGGAGGCUAACAAGGCAAAAACCAAGGCAAAGAAAGCAAAGGAGGCGGCCUAAUUCUCUCGGGAUCAGUUGGUUGCAGGAGUGCUUCGCUCGGGUUUUAUAAUCUUCACGUUCUUUCGUAUGCUUCGUACUGAAUCAUGACAUGACUUGGCACUAUGCAACUGAUGGAAAAAUAUGCUUCACAUCGUGGUCUCAUGAGAGCACAGCCUGAUCGAGCUGAACUGGUCACGCCAUGGUUAUCAGGAGUAAAUGCUGUAUCCUGGUUGUAGACCUGCAAGUGCUACUUGGAAUCUUCCUAGAGCCACCGUAUAUGUAAUAAGGGAAACAAUAUGUUGAUUGACAUUGAUGUACUCAGACUGGGGCAGUGUUAGCGCGCAACUUUCCGGAUUCGAUAGUCGCCAACACCAUCCCGGUCAUUUACGCUUUCCCAUCAGCCUAGAUCUUCUGUUCCGGAUUCGCCAUGGAUCGUCUGGAAGCAUUGGGACAGCAGCUUUCACAGAUCACUCUCUAUGAUCUGAAAUCGUACUAUAACCAGG